UUAACGUUAGCGUCUUUCACGUGCAUCAGGAGGAGUUGGAUUUGGAAAUAACCAUGUCACCUUUGCUACAUUGAAGAAUCGUUUGAUUACCGAUGAUCGCAACCCAAAACCACAUGAGAGAAGAAACGGACAACUGAUAAAGCUAUUGUCUGCCCUUGAGGAAUCCUCUUAGUAGGAAAAAUCUAGUCAUAUACUGAAGUAUGCAAGCUUACCUACCUACCCAUGCAUCUUCCUGAUGGGGGGUAAUGCUACUUCUGUGUACGAAAAUACAGUACCACUUUCAAAUUUUGGAUUCAUAGCUUAGACCUACCUGUGUUGAUCAGAUCAUCGCUCAAUAUAACAUUUAAAUCUACAUCAGUAGUCUAGAAACUCUUCCACCAUUUUGGUUCAGUCAAAUAUACUAUAUUUCACACAUCUCUGACGGGGUUAGUUAGAUCAGCUUCCUGUCAAGAUGUUUUCAGCUUUGAAGAAGUUAGUUGGUUCUGAACCAGGCCAGCCGAGGGACAAGAGCAUCCCUGCUGGCAUGCAGUCCAUGAACCAGAGUUUACAGAGACGCUUUGCCAAAGGAGUACAGUACAACAUGAAAAUAGUUAUCCGCGGAGACCGAAAUACUGGCAAGAGCACUCUAUGGCAUCGACUGCAAGGAAAGAAAUUCACAGAUGACUACAUACCCACUCAAGAGAUCCAGGCAACCAGCAUCCAUUGGAACUACAAAACCACUGAUGACGUGGUCAAGGUGGAAGUGUGGGACGUGGUGGAUAAAGGCCAAAAAUACCCUCUCCCUGAGGGUGUAGGCAGAGGUAAAAAGCGAGGGGACACUUUGAAAGUAGAGAAUGAACCCCAAGAGUCUGACGAAGUGGCAUUGGAUGCAGAGUUCCUCGAUGUUUACAAGAACUGCAAUGGUGUGAUCAUGAUGUUUGACAUUACCAAGCAAUGGACAUUCAACUACAUCCUGAGAGAGCUGCCCAAAGUACCCACUCAUGUUCCAGUGUGUGUCCUAGGCAACCACAGGGACAUGGGUGACCACCGUGUCAUUCUGCCUGAUGACAUUCGCCAGGUUAUCGCUAAUCUGAAUAGACCCAUGGGUUCCUCCUAUAUUCACUACGCUGAAGCCUCUAUGAAGAAUGGAUUUGGUUUGAAAUAUUUACACAGAUUUUUCAACAUUCCUUUCCUGCAACUUCAGAGGGAGACUCUGUUACGGCAGCUCGAGACCAACCAGUUAGACAUGGACGCCACUCUGGAGGAGCUCACCGUGCAGCAGGAGACUGAGGAUCAAAACUAUGAAAUUUUCUUGGAGAACAUAGAGACCCGCAGUAAAGGCUAUGGUUCUCCUGGUCCAGCCAACGGCCGGAGCCCCUCCUCGGGCUCCCAGUCCCCUACCGUUCCUCCAAGCGGGGCCUCCACUGGCAGCUCUAGCCCUGGCACCCCUCAUCAGCCAACCAUCCCUGCCCAGGUCCCCGGCCUCCAGGCCCCCUCGCCCUCUCCUCCGCAUCCUGUCCUGGCAGCUGGGAUGGUUUCCCACACAGCUGAGCUUCAAUCCCCCACUCUGACGCAGGCUCAGAGUCCUGAGCAUCCUGGACCGUCACCGCUUCCCCCAGCAUCAGGCCCUGCCCAGGCCCCGCCUCCUCAGAAACGUGGCCUGAUCUCACGCCUCUUUGGCUCCGCCCCGGCCCCAGAGGUGACUGCCACCAUGCCAGAGCCGGAGCCUGCCCCCGUGUGUCCUGCUAAUGUGGAUGACUUUGUGCCAGACGAGGGUCUGGAUAAAAGCUUCCUGGAGGACAGCCUGCCCUCUAAAGUGAAGGUUCCCCAACCUGCACUGGACAGUGACAGUGAUGGAGAGGACAGAGGGAACCCCAUGGUGGCAGGUUAUAUGGAUGAGCUGGACCCAGAUGACAAGGAGCCCCCACUGCCCCUGCCCAACACCCCGGGCCUUCUCACCAGUAAAGACUUCACUAUGUCUAGUGAUGAGGAGGAGGUGGAAGCACAGCCCCCACCAAUAUCACCACCAUUACCUGCUGUCACUCAGGAUGAACACCUCGACCUUGACAGUGAUUCAGAGCUGAAAAAACCGUGCACUGAGUCCAUAAUGUCCCGUGCCAUGGAGCCCCAAGCUCCGGAGCCUUUGGCACCUGCUGGCCAACUCUUGGAGAACACUGUCCCCCAGGUGGCUGAGCCCAUCACCCUCACCCUAACCUCUGCACCUGCAGUAGCCCUGGAGCAGCCAGGCCUACCCAGAGGGAAAAAGGGAGAAACCCCUGGAGUGGACUCGGACUCUGACCCAGGGGCCCCUGUUGCUGAGCAGAUGCUCUCCUUCGUGAUGGAUGAUCUUGACUUUGAGUCUGAGGAGGAGGCAGUCAUCCAGAAGAUAACUAAGGAGGUUUUCCCAGUCAGGGAUGAAGUACUGUCUGAUCUGGAGCUGUCAGAUGAUGACAUCCCUCCAGCCACGCUGAUCCCAGAGCCUCUGAAGCCCACACCGGUCCUGAAGCCCUCCUUUCAGAGCAAUAAUGAGACAGACCUGUUUGGCUUGGGCAUUACGGAGGAAGCCACCAAAGCCAAGGACAGCAGUGAGGACCUAGAAGAGAAGGAAAGCAAACACUCCGCAAAAGAAAAGAAGAAAAAGAAGAAGAAAAGCAAAGAGGAGGAUGAGAAGAGCAGCAAGAAGAAGCAUAAAAAGGACAAGAAAAAGGAGAAGGAUGAGACCGGAACAGAAGAUGACAAAGAGAGGAAAAAGAAGAAAUCUCGGACCAAGAAAAUGGAUGACUUGGAGGAUUUCUUGGCUGGAGGGGAGGGGUCAGCAAAUAGAGAGGGCGGAGACUAUGAAGAACUCUAGAUCCCAAGUCAUCCUUAUUUUUGGACCUUGACUCUAUAGAGAUGCGGAAGCCAAGUUGUCAUUUCAAACUUGUUUGGUUCCUAGAACCAGAUUAAUUUGUGCACAAGCAGCAUCCAUAAGCCAUACCCAAGGUUCAUGGUCACCCAUUCCCAGGCAAAAAUCUAGACUCCGCUGUGGCUGUAUGAUGCGUUAAUAUUAUUUCCCAUGAGCACUAUCACACAUUAUCUUUGAAUGAGAUGAGAAACUAGGUAGAAGAUACAAUCUUGUUACCAUCAACCUUUGAGGAGAAACAGGAAGGAGAUGACUGACACUCACUGUGGUGUGAUACAAACUAUAUGAUCACUACUGGGCAUGAUAAUUAGUAGAGCCACUAAGGAAAGAUUUGACUUUUUAUAUUUUCAGACGUUUAACUUCAAAUGUGUGUUUGCUUACUAUUUUAUUUUAACUUUUUAAAUGAUGCUCUCCUGAAGUGAACCACUCCAAAUGGGCUUGGCAGGGCUAACGUUUUUGUUUGAAUGUCCUGUAUUUGGUGUAAGAAUUGCUUGAGGGCAUAUUCCUGUAAAGUGAUGGUUGCUUGACGGUGUUGAUAUUUCACAUAUUGAAGAUUGUCCUCUUACUUUGAUCCACUGGUUUUGUUUCUCCGACUCAGUGAUGUAAUGGUUGUUGAAAGUUUUGCUGCUUUAAUUUACUUUUUCUAUUGUUUUCUAUUUCUAUUUUCUAUGUACUAUCUCACUCCAUUUGAUAAUUUACUCCCCUCCACUCCCACAAUGGAACAGGUCCCCCAAUGCACCAUUUUACAGUGACUGUAGUUUUCAGUUUGUCUGCAUUCCAAAUUGGCACCUUAUUCCCUAUGCACAAUAUAUAUAUAUGGAAUAGGGUGCAAUUUGGGAUGUGGCCUUUGUCACCUUUUCUACCGCCUCAGUACACAUUUCAGUGUGUUUUAAUUCGAUGCCUUAAAUGGAAGUGUAAAUGGAAAUGUAAAUGUAAUGGAAGUGACAAACAACACACGUACAUGUCCGCAAUCCUUAUCAACUAUGUGUCAAGUGUUCUUAUGGGAAGUCAAGACUGUAAUGCAUCAGAACUGACAGGUUGUAGCUUCAGACAGAUGUGAUAUGUCUGGUGCCUUCUAUUGGUGAACUGUAAUGUAUCAUAUACUGUCUUUUUUUGUUUGUUGCUGAAGCCAGUACCAAAAUCUUGGCAGCACACUAUACAAUAUAUGUAAACAUUUGCUUUUAGAUAAUAAUCUUGAUUUAUGUUGUUAAGGGACUCAUACCAGUUUAGAAAUGAAUGAUUUGCUAAAGUCAUAAACUGCUUACACAAUAAGGUAACUUAAAUAAUGAACUGCUAGUAUAUAUAUAUAUUCUUUCUCAAUAUUUUGCUGCAUUCCAAGGCUCCUACUGUUCUUGUGUUAACUUUACAUAACCGUUAUCAUGUCUGUCUCAUGAGAUUCCAUGAACUUUACCUGCGCUUCAGAUGUCCAUUUGAAAUACAAUUUCUUGCAAUAGCUGUAGUUCUUGGAGAUAUUUCAAUGGCAGCCUACUAACAUAGAAUGCAGCUAUUUUUGGACUGAAACAUGUCGACAACUAUAGUGCUUCAUUAAUGCUACUCUCGUCUAUGGUAUUUAUCAUGGUCAUAUUUUCCUGACGAGGAAAUACAAAUAGGAUUGAUUAAUGCGUACGAUGUGGUGGAUUGUCAUCUGGUUUGACUUAAACAUAAGGUUUAUAUUGCCUGCUCCCAAUGUGUACGUAUGUCCCAUGUGUUAGUGUGCUAAAGCAGGUUGACUAGUUGCAUCACCAAAAUGAGUAUGUAAUUGCAUCACUGCAGAUGAAAGCAGUCAUUGAAAUCUGUUUACAUUGCAACGAUACCAUGCUAUUCUGUAAUGAUGACAGACACCCAUCAAUUUAAUUAAAAGCAGCAUGAAUUCAUAUCAGACAAGAAAAUAAAUGCAGGUGGUAUUCAGGAAUGAUAUACAGUACAUGAAGCUUUUAUUCCGACAAUGUUACAAGGUAUGUUUAUUAACUGACGAGACAGACUUUUAGAUGUAUUAUAUACUUGUCACGUUAGAUUACAUUCCAUGGUUUAAAAUGUAAAAAUGUAUCUUUCAAAAUAUGAAACUAUGCAUUAAUCCAAAGUACUGCUGCAUUGUCUGUCUAUUGUUGUCAUUCAAUGAGUGGUUCAUGAGGCAAAAAUAAUGCUAAGAGCAAAUUUCCAAUUGGCGCAUGAGGCUUAUGUUGUACAAUAAGAAAAUAAUGUAUAGAAAGGUCCAUUGAUAUUUAUUUUCAUCCCAUGAAAUGUUUCCAUAUUUUCACUGGAUGUGAACCUGUAUUUGGCUCGUCCUAAUAAAUACAAACGUAUUUCUUCAUAGAUGGCAUUUACCUUUUUUUCCCAUUAUGAAAAUCAUGAAAGCUACGACAAACUAUUGGUUUAUAUUCUUUUCACUUAGCUCUUGUAACCACCAGGAAGGAGGACUAAUACAUUUUCUUGAGGUACAGUACUUCAGUUUGUGUAACUGUAAAAAGCUGUAAUGCUGUCUCGUUUUGUAGCAUAGAAUUGAAAGCCCCUUUAGCAUUUGGUGUGUCCUUUGGCAAUGCCCAUCAUUCCAGCUCAGUUAUCUCUUCUUCAGUAUGUGGAUUAUUUUGUGCCAGAUCUGAGAUCAUAGUGAUGUUCAUGUAUACUCCCAUCUCCUUCUGAAUUAAGAAAUACCAGGUGUAUGUUAUAGCUGUUGAAUAACAGUAGCUACAUGGCAAUUGCCAUUCUCUUUCAGGAAUUAAAUGUUUUAAUGUCAUACUUUA